ACGUGAUGACGCAGGUUUGGAGUUGCAGGCAUGAGAUAUCUAUCGCGCUUCUUCACGUCCAGGAAUAUCGGCAAUAUUGUGAAGUUUAUUGAGUCCAGUGUUACCUUGACAAUCCGCAGUACUUCGUCAUUUACCUCGUUUUUCUGCAGGAAAUUUACAGACAGCGGCACCAACAUGGAUCUGAGUAACAUGAGAAAGAGCUAUAAGAGCGAUCAGGAGUGUUUUGAGGAGGAUCAGCUUACUUCUUUAGAUCCAAUUAAACAAUUCGGCAGCUGGUUUGAUCAAGCCACUAAGUGCCCUGAGGUGGGAGAAGCCAAUGCAAUGUGUCUUGCAACAGCGACCAAGGACGGUCGCCCCUCUGCACGCAUGGUUCUUCUAAAAGGCUACAGCGAGGAGGGAUUUCGCUUCUUUACCAACUAUGAGAGUCGGAAAGGUGCAGAGUUGGACUGUAAUCCCCACGCCUGUCUUGUAUUUUACUGGGAACCAUUAAACAGACAGAUUCGCAUUGAAGGCACUGUAGAGAGAAUCCCGUACGAGAUUUCAUGUGAUUAUUUCCACUCAAGACCCAAGAGCAGUCAGAUCGGUGCUGUUGUUAGCAGGCAGAGCACAGUAAUACCGAGCCGACAAUACCUGAGAGACAAGAAUGCAGAGCUUGAGGAAAAGUAUAAGGACACAAAUGUACCAUUGCCAGAUUACUGGGGUGGAUACAUUGUAAAACCCCACCUGAUUGAGUUCUGGCAGGGUCAGACUAAUAGAUUACAUGACCGAAUAGUCUUUUUGCGGCCAAAAGAGGGAGAGACUGAGCUGGGGGAUAUGCAGCAUCAAGCUGAGGGAGGCUGGAUAUACCAACGCUUAUCCCCCUAAUAGAGAGCAUGCUGUGAAGUCAGCAUCACCGUCUGUGACAUCAAUACAUAAUCAUUACUUGGCAGCGACUGUCACUAAUAAUGCCACCAGGGCAUUAACUGACUAGUGAAGACUUAUCCCUCCAUAUGCAUCCUGCAUUCAUAUUCUCUUAACCAAAACAAGAAGGGAGUUAUUAUUUGUAGAUAACUGUAUACAUGAUUUUAUGAAUAUAUAAAUCAUGUUGCAUUACAAAUGGUGCUUCGUUGCAUCAUUUUUAAGCCUUGAAAAACUGACCUCAACACAUUCUUAAUCUAUUACUUGUAGGUGCAAAGUCUGUUGACUGCCUAAGGUUUAUUAAUAAUU